CGGUCCUAGUUUCAGGAUGCUCGAAGAUGCUGAGGAAAGGAUGUCAAAGAGAGGGCUAUUUUAAUAAUACGGAAAUAAGAUAUAUAUUUUGUGUGGUUUAAAGCAUAGCAAUAGAGAGUCAUGUGAAUAGAGAUGAAAAAGGAAAACCGUGAGAGGCAUUUUGAUGAACAGUGCGUCUUUGUCUGGAUUAAAUCUCAGUAAUGCAAGCGAGAGACAGAAGACAACAGAGCUGUUUAUAUUUCUCCAUCCAGCUGGUAAACACCAUUUGUGUAAUGGGCUUUUAGAGAAAAAAGAAAAAGAAAAUCCCGUCUAGCAGCUUUGUGAACGAACGUCCGCAGUGGUGAUACAUUAUUUCAUAGUGGAUACAGUGGAGGCUUGAUCAUUGAUUUGGAGUCGGGUUAUUCUGAGUAGACAUAAUUUGAUCCAAGAAGGCCUCGUGUAAAUGAUAGGAGAAAACGGAGGACAUCCGUGUUUAAAUGCAAGCAUAGUGUGACUGCUUGGUCAUGAUGAUGCGAGAUGAGUAUGUCUUUAUCCACUUAUUUUCAAAGAUGACAUCAGUGUGAUGAUGAUGCAAUUUACUAAAAGCUGUCACUUUUCAUUGAAAGUUUAGCAUCCAGUCCAGAUGAUGGGAUUGUAAUUUCACCUAUUGUGGUUUGUUUAUGUGUCUAAACAACUCGAAUGCAAGACAAACAUUGUUUCCCAUUCAGUUCUAACCAGGUUAAUAUGCACCAGUUUAUUUCUCCUGAGAAAUAGACAAUUGAUAUGUUAUUGAUCAGGGCCUGCCACAAGCCCUCUGGGCCCUGUCAGAGCUAGUUGGUGGAUGCUCUUAUCUCUAACCGUUUCCCUCUGGAGACUCUAUCGAUACCUCUCCAUGUUCAGCUCUGAAAGACUCACAGUACCGGAAUAUGUCAGCCGGAUGGGGAACCGGAGGUCGGGCAACUCUAGCUCAUCCUCGGAACCGAAAGCCCCACCGGUCUCGCCAGGUGUCUACGGUGCCGACGUUCAGGAUGUUUUGGACACCUCGCUCCCAGCCCUGCGCUCCGCUAUCAAGACACUGAAAUCAGCCAAAGAUACCUUGGAUCUAGAUGAGACCCGCAGAGCCAUAGCAGAGACGUUCCAGUUAGUAGAGGAGGCCUGGGUUCUACCCACUGUGGGAAGGCAGGUCGCAGAGGAGAUAUGCAACAGGAUACGACUGGAUGGAGGACUGGAGCUGCUCCUGCAACUCCUCAUGACACCUGCUGUGGAGAUCACCUAUGAGUCUGCCAAACUACUGGAGCAGAUACUGGUCUCUGAGAACAGAGAUUACGUGGCUCGCAUGGGUCUGGGGGUGAUCCUGAACCUGACGAGGGAGACAGAGGAUGCCCAGCUGGCCCGCAGUGUCUCAGGCAUCCUGGAGCACAUGUUCAAACACACCGAGGAGACGUCCGCCCAGCUCAUCGCCAACGGCGCCCUGGAUGCCCUGCUCUUCUGGUGCCGCGGUACCGACCCCACCGUUCUUCGGCACUGUGCCGUUGCGCUCGCCAACUGCGCCAUGUACGGCGGCCAUCGCUGCCAGCGGCUGAUGAUUGAGAAGCAGGCAGCUGAGUGGUUGUUUCCAUUGGCGUUCUCCAAAGAGGACGAGCUCAUCCGCUUCCAUGCGUGUUUAGCGGUGGCCGUGCUCGCCAAUAACCGGGAGAUUGAGAAGGAGGUGGUGAAGUCCGGGACGUUGGAGCUGGUGGAGCCCUUUAUUGCAUCUCUGGACCCUGAUGAGUUUGCCAGGAGCCUGCUGGACAGUGCAGACAGCAUGCAGGGGAGGACGGCUGCAGACCUACAGCAGCUCCUGCCACUACUGGAUGGGGCCAGACUGGAGGGGAAAUGUAUCGCUGCCUUCUACCUGUGUGUUGAAACCAGCAUCAAGUCACGCCAGCGCAACACCAAGAUCUUCCAGGAGAUAGGUGCAGUGCAGAGCCUGAAAAGGAUCGUCAUGUACUCCAGCAACGGGACGGCCUGUGCCCUGGCCAAGCAGGCACUAAGGAUGAUGGGGGAGGAGGUGCCACGACGUAUCCUGUCCUCUGUGCCCAACUGGAAGGGCGGUGAGGUGCAGAGAUGGCUCCAAGUGAUUGGAUUCAGCGCUUAUACUGAGCGCUUCCAGGAGCUGCAAGUGGAUGGCGACCUACUGCUGAACAUCACAGACCAGGAUCUGAGCACUGACCUGGGUAUGACUGCAGGACUCACUCGCAUGAGGUUCCUCCGUGACCUGCGCGUGCUGAAGACCUACGCCAACUACUCGACCUGUGACCCCAACAACAUGGCUGACUGGCUGGGUGAGGUGGACCCGCGCUUCCGCCAGUACACCUACGGCCUGGUACAGUCUGGAGUGGACCGCAAGAACGUCCUCCACCUUACCGACCAGCAGCUCCAGUCAGACUGUUACGUAGAGAACGGCAUCCACCGCGCCAAGAUCCUGGCAGCCACCCGUAGGCCGAUAAAGCCGUGUCUGACCGAUGCCCAACCCCCUGGACCGGAUGUGUUUAUUAGCUACCGCAGGACCACCGGUUCCCAGCUCGCCAGUCUGUUGAAGGUCCACCUGCAGGUCAGAGGUUUCAGUGUGUUCAUUGACGUGGAGAAGCUGGAAGCAGGGAAGUUUGCUGACAAGCUGAUCCAGAGCGUCCAGCGGGCACGGAACUUCAUCCUGGUGCUGUCUGCCAACGCCCUCGACAAGUGCAUGGGCGACACUGGCAUGAAGGACUGGGUACACAAGGAGAUUGUCACAGCUCUGGCUGGAAAGAAGAACAUUGUCCCUGUAACUGAUAACUUCCUGUGGCCUGACCCAAACACUCUUCCCGAGGACAUGAAAACUAUCCUAAACUUCAAUGGCAUCAAGUGGUCCCAUGAGUACCAGGAGGCCACCAUUGAGAAGAUCCUACGUUUCCUCAUGGGCAACCCCAGCCAAGACCUGACCGACAGCCCCAAGACAGACUGCCCCAAGGGGCCUCAGGGACCACAGAAGAAAUAGAGGCCUCUGAUUGGAGGUCCUCUGGUCUGUGAUGAUGUAAAAUGGUGACCAAUAGUGAUCAGUAAUCAAUAAUACCAAACAGAGCGUGCUCUGAGCUCUGGUUGGUCAGCUCUAACCCUGUGCAUGUGAAGACAUGUUUAAUAGGCUGUAUUUAGAUCAUAUGCUAAUGAGAUGGCUUUGCUACUAGCCGUUGAUCCAGAUGUAAAGUUAUUAUAGUCCAUAGCGUUAUUAUAGUCCAUAGCGUAAAUACUAAAUGUCAUUUGGGGUUUCAGCACUUCUAAAUACCAUGUACUACUCCCUUAAACUGCAGGGCCACAGUCAUAAGCUGUUAUUGGCGUGGUCGGGGAUAUUUUGUGUCUCUCAGGAAAUAACCAGUGUGAUAUAUCAGCUAUCGCUGGCACCGAGCAUAACACAUAAUAACAAUCUGGAGUAUCUCUGUUGCCUCUAAAUAACACUACACUCUCAUUGUUUUAAAUAGGCCCAUACUUUCUAAGACAAAACAAUAUCCUGGUUUUUAAUAAUGAUCCAGUGUAAACUAUAUAGCGUAUGGGAAAUACUAUAUCUCUUUUUUUCUCAUGGUGCUUAUAAAUGAAACCCUGUAUGCUCAUUGGUGGUCAACUGCAGCACGUAUUUGAUAUGUCUCUUUAUGAUAGUGUAACCUAGGUGAUGGCAAACAGCCUAAUCCAACAGAGAUGAUGUACGAUCUCUAUAUCUCUAUAUCUCUAGAUCUCUAGAUCUCUAGAUCUCUAUAUCUCUAUAUCUCUAGAUCUCUAGAUCUCUAUAUCUCUAUAUGUAACGGUGAUUUGGAAUCCUGCUCUCGUGAUGAGGUAGCCCUGCCUGUGACUUAAAGCCAGUGUCGCCCUCUGCCCAAGGGGGAAUUAGUCUAAUGGUUAAGUUGUUAGUUUCCGGACCAGGAGAGAGGGGUUCAGAUCCCACCAGCUACAUAUACUCAUUACAAACUUGUCCUCAUGUGCUUAGCAACAACCAGAGGUUCACAAAGAACUAUCUCUCGCAACCAAGCUUAAGGCAAUGAAAAGUACCAUUAUCAAUGCAUCUUGCUUAUGUGAAAAAGGAUAGACGCUCUCACUCUCUGUUCACAGAGAUACAAUUAGUUUACAAAACCAGUAUCUACACUACCCCUUAAGGCUGAAGCUACUCCACGAAAACAGUUACAUCAUCUUCCUGUCAGAAAGUCUUGUAGUAUACAGUCACAACAUGCUGUUACUUUGUUCGGCUAAACCGCUGUAUCUACAAUACUGAUUUGUGGUUUGGUUCCUUCAUAACGCUAAGAGAUUCUGUCAUUGAUUUGGCUGCUUGACAGUUAGCCUUAGUUCACUUGCUUGUAUCUAUUGGAUAAAAGCAGUUCAGUAGAUAAAUGUUACCAGAUUGAGGGUAGAGCUAAAUACUGUAUACUUGGCUCACAUCGAGGAUCCUUCUUAGACAUGUACCAGCAUGCACCUACAGUCUUACAAUACUAUUAUCUGUGACAAGAUAAAGAUUCUAGAAACAUCCAACCAAAACAAUCAUGCAGCAUCUGAUUAUCAGUUUAAAUAUUACGUAAGUGUUGCAAAAUGACAGCAGAAGUCAUAAAAUCACCAGGUAAUCGUAUCUCUUAUUAACUGAAGUGGAAUGGUUAAACAUUAUUUUAAACAUGGAAUUCUUAGGUUCAGUGACAUGUUUGUUUUGUAGAUUCAUAUCUGUUAAUGAUGUAGAUACUGUAUGUGCCCACACCUUCUGCUAAAUGGUGUGUAGGAAGGCAAACACAAGAUGUCACCUCAGUCUAAAGCUCCAGUAUUUGCUCUCAGCACUACUAGCUAUAUCUUGUCACUGUUUUGAUGGCUCUUCUGGGCUUUUUCCCCUGUUGCCUUAAUAUAUGUGUUGCUCUCAAUACAGGUAUGUUGAUUAAAUACUGUAUACAUGGACAGGACUUAGGCAGUGUUGUCAUUUAACAAUACAGUGGCGCAAUAAAAACUACUAACCUGAG